UAAAUAUUUUACCCAAAACCAAAAAAAAAAAAAACAAAAAUAAAAAAUCAAAAACAAAUCAGAUCCAUAAAAAAAUAAGUUUUUGUGUGUGUGUUUUUAAAUGUUUUGAAUCAUGAAAAUCUUUUGGAAAAUGUAUUGUGAAAAGUGUGUGAAGAGGAAUUAAUUAAAAAAGUAAAAAUUGUGAGUGGUCUGCCAUCGUGGCUUCACGAUUCACAGGUAAAUCCUAUCACAGAUUAUCUGGUAGCGUGUUGAGUUUGUGGUAUUAAAAUGGCAUAUCGAUCGAAUGGCGAUUAUAACAGCGAUGAAGGGGAACGCGACCCCCCUGAUAAUAGUAUUUUAAGUGAUGAUUCCGAAAAACCAACAUAUUUAAUGGAACAUUUGGCUACAUUUACGGUUACGAAAGAAACUGACGUUGUUUAUCCAGCAGAUGGUAUGCGACGAUUAUUACAAUUGGAAAAAACAAAUGGGAUUUGGUCGCAAAAAAUGCAAUUAUGUUUGGAUCGACAAUGGGUUUUAAUUAUGGAUUAUGAAACUGGGAGUGUUAUGGAACGAUUUCCAGCAUCCAUGAUCCAAGAACCUACUGCUUUUACCAGCCACGAUCCAAUGGAAAUUUAUAAUAAUAUAUUAGUGUUUAUUGUGGGAAAAAAUGGCUCGAAUAGUGAUUAUAAUCAACGAUCUGAAAUGCAUAUUUUUCAGUGUCAAAGCAUAUCUGCACAGGAUCUAGUUGAGGACUUAAAAGAUUUACGUGCUGGUAAAAUGUUAACACGUAAUCGUAAUUCGGUGAUACCAGGUCCACCCACAAAAUCACCAAGUCCACGGCAUGAUCGUCAACGUGUCAACACAACGGAAUCGAAUUUUCAUCGUGAAUCGUAUCGUGAAUCUGAUAUUGAGUUAAAUGAUGAAACCAGCUCCAUAGCAAGUGAAAAAUAUGAGCGUGACGUCACCAUAUUGAAUCAUUGUUUUGAUGAUAUUGAAAAGUUUAUAGCACGAUUACAGCAUGUUGCGGCUGCUUCUCGUGAAUUAGAACGCCGUCGACGAAAUCGAAAAUCGAAAAAACGAGAUUUAGGUGAUGGCAUUUUAACAAUGCGUACAAAACCACCACCAGAACGUGAUUUUAUUGAUAUUUUCCAAAAAUUUAAAUUAUCAUUUAAUUUGUUAGCGAAAUUAAAGGCACAUAUACAUGAUCCAAACGCACCGGAAUUAGUACAUUUCCUGUUCACACCAUUAGCAUUGAUUGUGGAUGCAUCACAUGAAACUUACUAUGAACCAAAUUUACCAGCAAAAGUCAUUUCGCCAUUAUUAACGCGCGAAGCUAUCAACUUAUUAAUUAAUUGUGUAACCAGCAAAGAGACUGAAUUAUGGCAUUCGUUGGGGAGUGCUUGGCUCACAUCUAGAGAUCAAUGGAAAGGCAAUGUGCCAUCAUAUCAUCCAGUAUUUUUGGAUGGCUGGUCUCCAGAUUUCCCCGUUGUGGAUGAACAUGAACCAGUGGUCACGUACUCUGGUAAAUCGAAUCGUGACUCACAAGGAGAUUUAAAUUAUGGUAGUGAUUAUUUUGGCUAUGAACAACCGUUACCAGAAAUGCGACGUUACAUGUACGAUGGACGUAAUCCACCAGAUAAUUCAAAAGGUGAACCGAAUCCAAGCUCUGAAUUGGGUAUUGGACAUAUGAGUUUACAAGAUUUAAGUGCUCGAAGUGACAUAUCACUGGAUUCGAUUGAACGUAGCGGCGUGGAUGAUCGUCCAACUGGUGGUGAUCUGUCGCAGGAGGCAUGGCUCGAAGAAUUACAAGCAAAAGGUGCAAAUGUUGUCCAAGUUACUUAUCCACGAACGGCGAACAAUGACAAAGAAUUAACAGUAGUUCGUGGAGAAUAUCUAGAGGUUCUGGACGACAGUCGAAAAUGGUGGAAGGCACGUAACAUACAUGGUAAAGUGGCACAUGUACCUCAUACAAUUGUGACACAACAAAUUUUUGGAUUGAAUAGCAGCAAUAAUGAUCCAAAUGAAAUAUUUAACAAUCCAUUGUACAUAAGGAACGUGCGUGGCAACAUACAACGCGAGGAAUCAUCAGUGAGUGGACGUUAUAGCGCAGGCGCCAGUAAUAAUUCACAUGAGCACGCGGCUGGACCACCACAUCCACAAUCUGUAGCUGCUGAUCGUGUACGGAAAGAGCAUCUCGAAACAUACACAGAAAGUAGUUUCUUAAUGGUACAACAAAUAUCCACAACUACAACGGAUAACAGCUCAACGAUGGUGUUAGUACCUCCACCACCCCCGAUGCCUGUCACUGGCGGUGUCAACUCAGCAUCUGUAGCCACAAUCGUAUCUUCAGCAGCCACAACACAAAUAUUGGAUAGUUCAUCAACGUCCUCCACGUCCAAUGCAAAUGGGACGAUCUUACAACCUAGCACAAAUCAUCAAUCAACAAUGCAAGGAAGCUCGACAUCUCAAAAUGAAGGAGAAAUGCAUGAUGAACUACGAACAAUCUUACCAUUGAUACGACAGAACAAACGUAAUUUAGACAUACUAAAAACACCGGAAGUGUAUAUUCGACAAGUGUCAUCACCAUCCGAAGUACAACAGUGGUUACGUGCUAAAGGUUUCACUGAGCAAACAUGCGACAAGUUAAAGGGUUUAACCGGUAACGAACUUUUGGCAUUGAAUCGUUCAACACUUGAACAAUACUGUGGUCAGAUCGAAGGCAAACGUCUAGCAUCUCAAAUUAUAAUACAACGGAAUGUUUCUGGUUAUAAAACUGCUCGCACAUCAGAACUGUUAGAAAUUUUAGCAAGAGCUCGUCGAAAAGUGGAUAAUGAAGAAGUUGAAUGACAUAAUUGGAUUGUUUUAAUGAUGUCAGAUAGCAGAUAUCUUUAAAAUAUCCUAUCAAUUAUGAUGUUUCAACAAUUUUGUAUAUAUACUUAUUAUGUUAGCAAACUUAGCCGGUCCAAAUUAAUUUUGAACUUUUUUAGUUCAAUGUUAAAAUAAAUUUCAGUGAUUAUAAUUUUUAAAAAAAAUAACAGUAAAAAGGGGCCAUAUCUUUUGUUCCUCACCUCGUGGAGCAAAAUGACCCAAAAAUUCAGGAUUAGCGCACAAAAUUAGCUUUUAGAAAAGUAUUAAUUAGUUUCUCAAUAGCGAUCGAUUAUUUCCAUCAUUCGACUCUUCAACAAUGCUAGUUUUUAAAACAUACUAAAAUGCGUCUCACU